UCUUAAAAGAUCCACUGAAGAAGUUCUUGUGUGACCAUUUUCCUUCCAGUCCGGCAUUUUAGUUAUUUCUGUGAAAAAGAACGUUAGUGUUCCUUUUAUAAAAGUUCUAUAAAAAUGGCUCCACCAGCAUACUCAGAUCUUGGAAAGCAGGCUCGCGAUGUUUUCAACAAAGGGUAUCAUUUCGGAUUGUGGAAGCUUGAUGUCAAGACAAAGACCAGCUCCGGAGUCGAGUUCAACACCAGCGGUCACUCAAAUCAGGACAACGGAAAGGUGUUCGGAUCACUCGAAACCAAAUACAAAGUCAAGGAGUAUGGUUUGAACUUUUCUGAAAAGUGGAACACGGACAACACCCUGACUUCGGAGGUGUCAGUGGAAAACCAACUGGUGAAAGGAUUGAAACUGUCAUUCGACGGUUCGUUCGCACCACAAACCGGAAGCAAGACCGGACGCUUCAAGACCUCCUACUCGCAUGAUAAAGUCCGCGUGGAUGCUGACGUGAAUGUUGAUCUAGCGGGACCGUUGGUAAAUGCUUCCGGUGUGUUCGGUUAUCAGGGUUGGCUCGCCGGUUACCAGGUUGCAUUUGACUCCCAGAAGUCCAAGAUUACCGCGAACAAUUUCGCUCUCGGUUACUCUACUGGUGACUUCAUUUUACACACGAACGUCAACGACGGACGUGAGUUCGGCGGAUUGAUCUACCAGCGGUGCAAUGAUCGUCUGGAAACCGGUGUGCAGCUCUCAUGGGCUACUGGCUCAAACGCGACCAAAUUUGGUCUGGCUGCUAAGUACGACUUAGACAAGGAUGCAUGUGUACGAGCCAAGGUCAACAAUCAGAGUCAAAUUGGUCUCGGUUAUCAGCAGAAACUACGUGACGGUAUCACUUUGACGUUGUCCACGAUGAUCGACGGAAAGAGCUUCAACACUGGCGGUCACAAGAUCGGUGUCGCCUUGGAGUUGGAAGCCUAAGCUGCGGUUGAAGUCGUGUUCGUGUUUUAACAAACCAGAUUCAAAUCCAAUACCUACUAAAACAACUAAACUAACAAAAGGAAAACAAUUACCAAGUAUAGUAAACACAUUCGCAAAAUGUUGAAAGACAGUUCAUGUCUUAGAGAAACGUCCUUCUCACAACAGCUGUUGGGGUAAGCUGUGCGAUUAUUAGAGAGCAAUGAAGAUGUGCAGUUGGUUAAACGCAGAAUAACACAAAUUGAAAAUAAAGAAAAUCGAAUAAAAAUGGAAAGACUUAGAUAACUGUCAAACCACCAUCAAGGUUAUUGAUUCGAUGAGAACAGAAAAACAAUUUUCUUGACAAACAGACAUUAUAGUCAUUUAUUAGAGUAACCGCAUCUUCUCGAUAGAAAUUUAACAACACAAUCGAAAACACUUUAUCAUCAACUCGUAAAAUAACCCCUUUAAAUGGGACUUUUUUGCACACGCUGCGACCCUGCGGAUAGAUGUAAAAUAGAACAAUACUGCCCUGACAAUUUAGAGACAUAUUUCAGUCGGUAACUCAAAUAGCAGUGCACAGUCAAAAACGGGAAACGAAAAAAAUUGUCACUGUUUUGUUCAAAAUCGCGUGCAGCUUAUAAUGGUGUGGAAUACAUGUUGCAACUUGGCUUGUAUGGCUACCGCUAAGCCUCGAACAAACGUUAUAUCUAUAUAGAAUUGAAGGAAAUAAAGUGCGUUGCGGAGUUCUACUGCUCAUCAGUCG